CCAAUGUCAUACAUAUUCGAUACAAAGGAGUUUAAAGUGUUCUCCCGAAUCCACAUUAUUUCAUAUUAAAAAACUUAAAAAAAUAUCGAAAAAUGCGCUUUGAAGUUACCUGUCUACUCAUCUUCGCCAUUUUUUGCGGUUAUUCUUCUUCAACGGAAACACCUAAAACCGACCAAGAGCGAUUCUUGCUUACCACUGCUUCCAUAACGUUUACCACUUUCACCCUAAUUAAAAAAACCACUACCACCACUUCAACUUUUACUUCCGUAACAACUUGUACCACCUCAACGUCAACUCUAACGACGUGCACCAUUGGACGCCGGCGUCGUGGACUCUUUUACGACGAUGCUACAUCCCAGGGCCGCAGUCGCAGAGGGCUCUUCUAUAACGACGAUGAAGUCCAGAACAAGGAAGGUGGCACCUUUCUUCCCGUUGAAACAAAGUCAAGUGAGCCAUCUUUAGAAGUAGCCAAUACAUCUAUUGACGAAUCGUCUCUAAUUCCUUUGGAAAUUGAAUCUGGUUUCGUGGUGCCCGAAGGAAGUCCGAAUCGAUUUUUGUUGGCUUUCGGUACGUCAACUGUUACCAGUGUAGUCAUCACUACAUCAACGAGCAGCCUGACGGCUAUUUGCAGUAGCACCACUGGCUUUCCUUUAUGUGGGAAUGCUGGAAAAUAAACUGCAGCUAUCGUGUAUUCAUUUAAUGACAAAUGAAGUUAAAUCAAUUUUAUUCCGGCAGACUUUAUACCCAAUUUAUCCACAUCAACACAAUUUGGAAAUUGAAAUUUUUCAAAAUUUUCUGUAUGAAACCACAUAAGAUUUGUGUACAAUGUCACAGUUUAAAAAUUUUCAGAAUAAACGAUUAAUUAGCA